AUGAAGCAAGUUAAAGAAGAAGUAAUUGAUUUGGAAUAUGAAGAGCAAGAAGAAUGGAGGAAACAACAAGAAGAAGAUGAAGAUGCAUUGAUGGUUGCAAGAAGAAUUAAGCAAGAGUUCAGGGAAGAAUCGACAUCUCCGCCAGUUCAACAUCGAACGAAUGUCCAAAUUAUACAAGAGAAGUGAGUUUUUAGAAAGUUGGAAACUGUGAAAACUUAGAUUUGUAUCUUUAUUGGUUGAAACUCAAAAAAAAACUGACGUUUUUGUAAACCAAUUGCUUUAUAUAUUCAUUUUCAUUAUAUUCAUGAUUUGUCAUGCGUCUAUUCAUUUGCGAAAAAAACCGAAAAAAUGUAUUUUUUUACAAUUUUUUUCUAUUCACCAAAAUGCACGAAAUAAAUGUCAAUCGUGACGAGACCCACACACAUUUCAAGGAGAAAAAUAUGCGAGAAAAAAACAAGAAAUGAAAUUUUCGAAAGCAUGCAUUUUUCACACUCGUUGCCUUAAAAUGAGUGUGGGUCUCGUCACGAUUGCAUGUAUUUCGCGACAAUUUGUGAUUUUGGUGGAUAGAAAAAUAUUGUAAAAAAAUACAUUUUUUUCGUGCUUUUUUGCAAAUGAAUAGAUGCAUCAGAAUCCUUUAAUUUAACUUGAAAUUUAAUAAAAAUUUAGAUAGCGCAAUUUUUAAAUUUUAAAUUGUUAUUUUUAAAUUCGAUCUUGACUUCAUUCAGAAAUUUCCAAAGUGGGACACUCUUGAUUUAGAAUUUGAAUUCAACAAUUUUCGAUUUUCUGAUUUUUUGUUUCAGUAGUAGUUUUUAGAUGAGGUUAAUGAGCAUUGUUCAUUUCUGGAUAUCUAAAAAUAUAUUUUUCAAUAAAAUCGAUAUUAAAUUCAUUCUUUUUCCAAAGAUCCGUCCUAAUCAUCUCUCUCAAAAAUUCCCGCCACUUUUUGUCUCAUCACACACACACAUACACAUACAUAAGAAAAAAGGCCGCUAAAAAAUCCGGUCUUCACAUUUUGCACCAAAAAAUCUAUUUGUGUCGCGCGCGUCUAGUCUGGUAUACCGCAAAAAAAAGAAGGGGGGAAGAGAGAUAGAUAGAGCUCGGUUCGUUUAUUUAUAUUUCUGAAUAAAAUCUGGUUUUCUAUUUUAUUUUAUUCAAUUUUAUGUUAAAUUGAGAAUUGGAAAAAUAUGAAAGAAGGGAGCAAUAAUUUAAUUUCGUUAAAAAAAAGAGAGAAAAGAUUCCUUGGGGAUUGACUAUGAAUCAUUCUGCUCAUUAUCUGAUUUUUUAUUUCGGUUUUUUGGAAUAUGCAUACAUUUAGAGGGAUAAACUAAUGAGUAACAGUGAAAAAGGGAUUAAAAAUUCUUAAUUUUUUCCAGCAUUCGGGCUGAAAUUGAACGACCGGCUCCACUUGUCUUCGAUCAUUUUAUUUGCAUGCGAAUCGGGUUGAAUUCUCGAAACAAUGUUCAACGAUUAAUGGCGCUUUUGGUGAGCUGAGCUCAUUUAGAUUGCACACAAAAUGACGUCUCAUUUUAUACAUAAAUAUUUUUGCAGGCUGCUCAUGAAUUUGUUGAUCUGACUGUUUUGCCGAGCCCAUCUAUUGUGCAAGCACCAAUUCCACAAAUGAUUCCAAUGGGUAUGAAUGAGGGACCAACUUUUUUUCAAAACCGUAAAAUUGAUGAAACUUUAAGAGUAGCAAGAUAUUUGUGCAAAACUGAUUCAAAAACUGGUAUAGCUUGAAUUUAAUUUGGAACUCGAUUAGCAAGCUCCAAAUUUCAAAUUGAAUGAAAAACCAGAAUAAGUUUUCCGGCAAAAUUCUAAAUUCAAUUUUUCACAAUUUUCAGAGGUUUUUCGAAAAAAUUCUUUGAAAGUUUUUUUUUCUGAAAAAAAAAACAAUAAGUCAAAUUUUCAGGUCUACCUCCUCGAAUCAUUGCCCAAUGCCCUCAGGAAGCCACAACUUCUAACAUGAGCAAUACAAUUGAGGAAGAGAAUCGUGUGAAACAUCUUCAACAACAAAACAUCUCACGCAAUAGUGUGAAGAAAAGUUUUGUGAAAAAAAUAACAAGCCGCCCUGUUAUUCGACCCUCACCUUCAGCAGAUUGUGGAAUUAUACCGAUCACUAUGCAUUGUAAAAAAUGUGAUGAAGUAAUACCAAAAGGAUCACACGGUUCUUUAGCGUUGAAUCAUGUACAGAAAACUCAUUUGAAAAUGGCAGCUUUUCAAUGUCGGAUAUGUAAACAUUAUCGGACCACACAGGAAAGGGUUAGUUUUUGAAAUAAAAAACUAAGAACUACGGUUUUUUGGAUUUUUAAUUCGCAUUUUUUUCAGAUCCAAUCUCACGUUACCACAGUUCAUAAGGCAAAAUCAACAAAAUUCGAUUCCUCCUUAGCUGGUCCAUUAUCUUCAGAAGAUAUGAAAAAAAUGGAAGAAAUGAUAACUCAUUGUUUCCCACCGCUAAAAAUGGUAAAUUAAUUAAAUAUUUUAUUUUUAAUUAAUAAUCUUUCAAAUUUCAGCAACUUCAAGUAACUGAUCGAUUAAUUGCCAGAACCAUGGAAGUUGAUCUCUCCGGAAGAAAAUAA